AUGACCAAGGUGCUUAAGCGUGAGCGAAUGCUGUACUUGAUGUACCUCUUGAAUAUCAGGGAUGGUGAUGCUCAGUUCAAUCGCGUCGGAGAGGCCCAGGCCGUUGCUCGUGACAACAACCUGUCCUUGAAGCUUGCGGUUAAGGCAGUGAAGGCAUUCAGGGGACCCCCGCAACGGGUGCAUGCGCUCCUGCAAGCGCUGACCUUCAUGUCCUUGAUCGAUGCCAAUCAGGCACGCAUGCUUGACUCCGAGAGCCGUCCGCAUGUGCUUGAAAGCGCCUUGAGCGGUUGCGGAUUCAUCCUUGUGUGCAUCGGAUGCCUCGCGGUGCUAUGCAUGAGCCUGCAGGGUUGCCAAGCUGAGAUUGCAGAUGAGCUCCCCGACCCAUGGGUUGUAUGGUUCACCCUAAUCGUAGGAUUCCUCAUAGGUCUAGGGUUUUGGUUUGUGUUGCCAAGUGCCGAGCUGCAGCAACAGAUGCCUUGUGAACCCGACGACGCCACCACACCUGCUUGUGACGACGACGCGCCGACCUUGAGCGAUGACAUUCCUUCAGAUGGUGAGCUUGCGCAAACACCCGAUGUGACCAGAGCAUCCUCUGAUGAGCCGCUGUCAGAGCCAACGCAGAGCAAUGAUGGGGCAGGCGAUGGCAACAGCCACCCUGCUUCACCCACUGCCCAUGAUCCGAUCGACGAGCCUGAGAACCAUGCCUUGGCAGCAGUGCCGAUUGCAGUUGUUGAUCCUCCUGGAUUCCCUGCUGCUGUCGAUCAGAUCACGAUGUGCUUGAUCUGCAUGAACCGAGUUCGCAAUGACUUGCGAUUCCCAAUGCUUCGGAUUACCGAUGAAGCCGACGAUCCAC